AUGGGGGGCAUACUGGCCUGCGGGCUCACGCAUGCGGUUAUUACGCCGCUUGACGUGGUCAAGUGCAGGCGCCAGGCUGACCCAACUUUGCGAAGCCUUGGGAGAGGGGUUGCGCAAGAUCAGGAGCACUGGCGAUUUGUACCUUGGUUCGGGCCCACCCUUAUGGGGUACUCGUUCCAGGGAUUCGGGAAGUUCGGCUUUUACGAGAUCUUCAAGGACGUGUACAAAAAUAUUGUCGGGGAGGAAAACGAAAAAAAGUACAAGAAGCUAGGCUGGAGCAUCGCCUCGGGGUCUGCCGAGAUCAUCGCCGAUUGUCUGUUGUGCCCGUGGGAGGCAGUCAAGCUGCGCAUCCAAACCAAGAACUACGCCGAAGGGGAGCCCCGUCAGAGCGGCCUCUUCGGCCCGUUCAGGCAUUACCAGAAGGAGGAGGGCCUGGGCAAUCUCUACAAAGGAAUCGUCCCAUUGUGGUCAAGGCAGGUGCCUUACACGAUCGUGAAGUUCGUGGCCUUCGAGGCGAUCGUCUGCAUGCUGUACGACAACGUGUUCACGAGGGGAAAGGAAAAUUACAACAAACUGACGCAGCUGUCGAUCACGUUCAUGAGCGGGUACCUGGCGGGCAUCUUCUGCGCGGUGGUCUCGCACCCGGCGGACACGAUGGUCAGCAAAAUAUACGCCAACAAGGAGCAGGCCGAGUCGAUGGGCACUGGCAAGCUGAUCAGCAAGAUCUACGGGGACAUCGGAUUCAGGGGGUUGUGGGCGGGCCUCAUGACCAGGAUCAUCAUGGUGGGCACCCUGACCGGCCUGCAGUGGUGGAUCUACGAUACCUUCAAGACCGCAGUGGGCCUGCAGACCACCGGCGGGGGGUCCAAGCCCAGCCCCCCGAAAAAGGAAUGA